AUGUCCAAAAGAGCCAACGAAACGCAAGAUCUUGUUUCUGAAAACAAGCGUAGUCGAUCCUCUGCUGCCAAAGAGGGACAUGCUGAAGACUGUACCGAUGAAUUAUGCAAGGGAUGCGAUGUGGGUGAAGUAGAGAUCUCCUUUGUUCGCAAAGACGCUGACGGCAAGCCAAUUGACACAGAGCCCAGUGCUCAAGAGCUGUUGGCAAUGGCCAUUGAUGAAGCAAGCAAUGACAAGAACAAUGACAAUGAAGAUGAAAACAACGGCAUUGCUCGUCGCUUGUUUGAUAUGGCUAUUGAGAAAUACCAAAAGGAUGAACCUGAAAAUCAUGUGGGCUACGCUACUUGCUUGGUUGAACUUGGCAAGGCUAUUCAAGUCGAAGAGAGUAUCAGCGAAGGUCUGGAAGUGCUCCGUGGUGAACUAAAGACCAAGAAGGACGAUAAGGAUGUCUUGUUGAAGGCUGCUGGUGCUGCUAUUGCGCUUGCUACUUCAAUGCGCAAAAAGCAACAGGCUUAUUUUGAUCAACAAGAGGCUGAAUUGGAGAAUGAGGAUGAGAUGGACGAUGUCGCUUAUGAGGAACUCAUUCAAAAGCAGACACCCUCCAAGGAAGAAAUCAAGUUGUACAAGGAAGCCAUUGACCGCAUCAACCAAGCUUUCACUGACAUUGGCAAGGAAGAUGAAGCUCUCUUGAAGGAAGCACAAACUGUCAUGCACGAAAUGAGAGGCUAUGGUCAACUGCUCACACAACCCUUCCACGAGGAACACUCAAACGUUGUUCUCAAUACGGUCAUCAGCUUAAUCCAAAAGCUGCCAGAUUACGAAAAAGAUGAUGAGCUGUUGACAUUAUGGGCUGCUUGUCUUUUACACCAAGAAAAGUUCUUGGAGGAUGAGGGACAGAAGCGUGACAUUUUGAAAAAGGCUGACGACUUGUUGGUCAAAUCCAACAAGCUAUAUUCGGCAAAGAACGGUAAAGAAAACCCUUGGGUGUGGGAGAUGUAUGCCAUGCUCCGUAUCAAUCAAUCAACACUGACUGAAGAUGAGGACGCUGCUCUGGAUCUGUAUGACGAGGCUAUUCUCGCCUUUAAGAAGGCAUCUGCUUUAAGCCCUGAAAACCCCAAACUCGCUGAGAUGGUCACUAUGCUUCAAAACAUGCAAAAGUCAUUGGAAGAGAAUGAAGAAGAUCCCGAGGAGGAUGAGGGAAGCGAAAAAUAA